AUGGCCUUCUUAUUUCAGUAUCAUUAGAUUCAGUUUCUGACUGUUCCAUUAAGUGUGGAGCUAACACAAGGACAUCACUAUGGUGAAAUUCAGUGUUACCAUGAUAAUAGUAUUUGUGCUUUUAGGUUUUAUGAAUAUAUGUGCUUUAGGAGAGGAAGACUGUUUCAACCUCGGCGAGGCACAAUAUUAUGCUGGUACUAAAAAUACAACUCCGUCUGGGCUGACAUGUCAACGCUGGGAUAAACAGGUACCACAUGACCACAAAUACAAAGAUGAACAGUUCCCGGAAGGGUCAUUGUGUAAAGCAAAGAAUUACUGUAGAGAUCCCGGAAAUGAGGGCUUUACCUGGUGCUACACAACGGACCCGAACACCCGUUGGGAGGCUUGUGGCAUACCGUGGUGUGACGAGCCACCGAGAAAUAAUAACACACAUGACUGUUAUAUCCUGACCAGCGAAGACAGAGAAAGUGGUAAGACAGAAAAGGAAAUGUGUGAAAUGAAUCCAUAUCGAUCUCGAGUCUGUAACGCCAGCAGUCACAAGCCGGAAGGAUGCGAGAGUUGCGAUGACUGCUGUCAGGAGAAAGACUGUUACCCUUACACCAUUUAUGAGUACACAGGAACCUGGCAUCGCGGUGAGUCGGGCCGAGAAUGUCAACGUUGGGAUGAACAGAGUCCUCAUAAACAUAGCAAUAAUAUGGAUUAUAAGUUUGGAAAUGAUGGUUCAGUCCAUGCAGCCCAAAAUUAUUGCAGGGAUCCGGAUUAUAGUGGUUUCUUAUGGUGCUAUACGAUGGAUCCAAAUGUUAGAUGGGAAAAAUGUAGCAUUGCAGAAUGCUAAGAGCUUUGUUACAACAACCGAUCCGUUUGAUAAUCGACCCACAGUACCUUUUUUCUUCUCUGCAAGCAUUUACAUUGACAGUUACAUUGAAACGCGGUUUAAUAUUAUAUUUGACACAAUGCUUAAAGCCCUGCUCCGCGCCUAUUCAAAUUCUAUUGUGUUUAUGUAACCAAUAAUUACAAUAUGUAACAGUUAACGGCCACGCGCCACACUUUAGCACGCAAAACCUCUGGUAUUUUGUAUAGAAUUUUUUAUGGAAUAGACUCCAUUUUGACUAGCGUCACUGUUCAUAGUCAGGAUUUUCAUGCUUUUUCAGUGACAAUUUAAGGUUAAAAGGUAGGACUGGAGCAGGUCUUUAAUUCAUCUAAGAAUUUUAAUACCAACUGUCAAUAAUAACGUUUUUGCCAGACUUGUUAUCAAAGCUCUUCUGUGGAAUUGGAAUUUGGACAAUUACUUAAAAGCAUGUCGUUUACAGAUAACAUCUUCAAAUACUUUGUAUAUAUAUUAAAUACUUACUACAACAAACACAAAAUGAUAUCUUUUAAUUGUAUUCAUGAGAUAAAAUUCAUAUUAUUGUUACAUUUUCUUCCUUUAUAUAUUAUUCAUUUUUAUACUUUUACACAUCUUAUUUUUACUGUAUUAUGGGAUCAGUGAUGUUGUUGUAAUAUCUCUUAAUCGCUGAAAAAUUGAUUUCUUUUCUUUGUGUACUACCAUAGAACUCUGUCAUUAUACGGUUUAUGGAGAUUAGUUUGGUAUUGAUCUUUACUGAGUGUUUUAAAGUUGUAAUCUACCUUGCUACGGUUUUAAGAGAUUAGUUUGAUACCAUUGGUACCUUUCUUCAAUGCUUUUAAUUCACCUGUUUUAGCUCACUCAGAAAAUAUAUAGUUGACUUUGGACGGACUUUGUAGAUCGUAUUGGUGCCAUCUUUCAUCAGUGAUUUAUACUUCAUCUUGUUUAUAUUCUCGCUUUGUUUGUCAAGACUUGCAGACAUUAGUU